GCGCAGCCGGUUUCUUGCGUCCGGAAAGUCGUAGUCCCUUGCCGGCAGCAGCAAGACAGCAGCUCAGAGCCCACGGAAGAGGGGACGGCCACUGCCGCCGCCGCCGCCACCGCCAGCCACCACGGAGGAAAAGCAAGGGAAGGAUGUGGGUUUUCGGUUACGGGUCUCUCAUCUGGAAGGUGGACUUCCCCUAUCAGGACAAGCUGGUUGGAUAUAUCUCAGGCUACAGCAGGCGCUUCUGGCAGGGCAGCACCGACCACCGCGGAGUUCCUGGCAAGCCUGGAAGAGUUGUGACUCUUGUUGAAGACCCUGCGGGUUGUGUAUGGGGUGUUGCUUACAGACUGCCAGUAGGAAGGGAAGAAGAAAUAAAAGCAUACCUUGAUUUCAGAGAAAAAGGAGGCUACAGGACCACAACAGUCAUUUUUUAUCCAAAAGAUUCCACAACAGAACCAUUCAGUGUGUUGCUAUACAUUGGAACAUGUGAUAAUCCUAAUUAUCUUGGUCCUGCACCUCUGGAAGACAUCGCUGAACAGAUUUUUAAUGCAGCUGGUCCAAGUGGAAAAAAUACAGAAUAUCUUUUUGAACUUGCAAAUUCUAUGAGAAGCCUUGUGCCAGAAGAUGCAGAUGAGCAUCUUUUCUCUUUGGAAAAAUUAGUAAAGGAACGUUUAGAAGGAAAGCAGAACUUCAAUUGCUUAAAAAGACCUAAUUGAUUUUUCCAAACAAGCAGAACUUUUAAUCUUCAGAGAAUGGCUUCACUACACAAUGGCAAUAUGAUUUGUAAACGUGUUGACUUGAAAAUCUUAGUUGUGUUUAAUGUUGUAGUCAAGAUAAUACCUAAAUUCACAGUUUAAUUGCAGUUGGCCUGAAACUCAUGCAUACUCAAAAUAUUGGUAUAUAGUUAAAGAAAAAAUUCAAUAAUAUCAUGAAUGAUUCUCCAGCUACAUGAUAUUGAAUACUUGCUCAUGAGAAGUUCUUUAGAAAAAUACAAUGAAGGACUCAUUUCAGAUCUUGUUUUUAUCUAAAUACACUUCUGUUGUUUCAUAUUCCAGUACUAGUUUAAAGUUGUAGAGAAUUAAACCAAAAGUCCAGUAAAUAUAAUAAGGCUAUGCCUUUAAUAUAUUCCCAUAUGUUAACUCUGUAAUCAUGGUUUAAAAUAAAUAAGCUUAAAAUAACAUAUAAUUAGAUAUGUAUGGUAAUAUAGACAAGAUUUUGGCCUUGAUCGUGAACUUCUUUGUUUAGAGUUUAAAUGAAACUCCAAUUUAAGCCAAAAGGUUAACAUUUUAAUAUAAAAAUUUCUUUGAAAUUACAAUGUACUAUAUCUCUCCUUUUUUGAAUAAAUGUAUUUUACUACAUGGUAAAAACCCUUUCUGCUAGAAAAGCACAAAUUACACAAAUUACGUCUAACAAUUUAUCAUUCAAUUUGUAUUAAUCUUAUACUGAAACUUAAAAAAAAAAGAUAGGCUUUUUGAUAUUACAAAUUAACAGAAACAUGUAUAGUGAAAGUUUGCUGUUUGAAAUGGCGUUUAGAAUUGUAAUUUUUUUAAAGUAAGAAGUGGCGUUACCUGA